AUGCCACCUCGGUUAAGGAUCUCGUCUCUUGGACACCAAAUUCCUCGAUGCCAAUAUGAACUUCAAAUUGUUAGGAGCGCAAGCACCGCUGCGGCUCCGGUAUUCACGCCAGCUGCUUCCAUUGAGCAGAUGACACGCUCACCAGUUCCGGUAUCAAGAUCACCCCCCACUCAGCUACCAUCGCACCGCAAUCCUGAAUACCGCCGGUCGCAACUCCUGCGGUCCUACACAUCCCUUCUCCGCACGUCUCCUCUCAUCGUGCUGUUCCAACACAACAACCUUAAGUCCAUGGAAUGGGCCGCCAUCCGACGAGAACUCGCCAAUGCUUUGAAAAAGGUUGACGACAAAAUUGCUACCGAAGGCCGGACGGCUCCCGCCAUUGCUCCCUACAUUAAGAUCCAAACAAUUCAGACCAGUAUCUUCGAGGUGGCUCUGCGUAUCGUCGAGUACUUCAAGCCUACCGAUGCUGCUCUGGCCUCCGGACAGCCCCCUAGAGCAGUCGACCCCGUGACACAAACCUCCGCCGAACUCCCUGCGGUCUCAGGAUCUAAGGACGACCCGGCCUUGACACACGACUUGUCCCGUACUGCCCAUCUUGCGGUGAAGAAUACCAAGGGUAUGCACGAGCUUUCGCCUCUUCUCGUCGGCCCCGUCGCUAUUCUCUCCAUCCCUAUCGUCUCGCCUGAACACAUGAAGGCUGCGCUGUCGAUUCUCACUCCCAAGGAAGCCGGCUUCCCUACCCCUAGCCGCAAAGCCAACCCGGACUACCACGACCCCAUUGUUCAGAACGGUCUCCGCAAGAUCAACUUGUUGGCGGCUCGCGUGGAUAACCAGGUCUUUGAUAUCAACCAGACCAAGUGGGUCGGCAGCAUUGAGGGUGGCAUGGACGGCCUCCGCUCCCAGCUCGUCACUGCCUUGCAGAGCAUGAGCUCCAGUGUGGCUACUACCCUGGAGGGAGCUGGCAAGAGCCUAUACUUCACCAUGGAAAGCCGACGCAGCGUUCUGGAAGAAGAGGAGAAGGGACCGACGGGCGACAAGAGCGAAUCGUCCUAA